AUGGCGUUGCAGAUCACCUCCCUCAUGUGGCUGCGGACAAUCAUGAACUUUCAGUACCGUUAUGGACUCAGCAUUCGUGAAGCCACACAGGCACUCUACGCUCAGGGCGGCAUUCGCCGGUUCUACCAGGGCAUCAGUCCUGCGCUGGUUCAGGGACCUCUCAUGCGCUUUGGCGACUCCGCAUCGAAUGCUGGGGUGCUCGCCUUCUUUGGGGCCACAAACCGCGAGGAUUGGCCAGUCUGGUUCCAAACCAUCUUUGCGUCUGCGUCGGCGGCUAGCAUCCGGAUUGCCUUGAUGCCCUUGGACGCUGUGAAGACCGUUCUGCAGGUGGACGGCAAGCAGGGUUUGGCGUCUCUCCUUCGCCGUUUCCAAGCAGGGGGAUCUGCCGUGCUCUUCAGAGGGGCCAUGGCUUCCUCAGCUGCCACCUUCGUCAGCCACUACCCCUGGUUCACAGUCUUUAACCAGCUCAACGACUUUCUCCCCCACUAUGACUCACGGUCACAGCAGCUGCUUCGCAACGCGAGCAUCGGCUUCUGUGCAUCGGUUCCUUUGUCUGAGAAACCAGGGAUAGCAGGUACAUGA